GAGUGUGGUGUACAGCUGAAACGUGGAGCCUCCUUAAAGUUGUGUGACUUAAGGGAUCAAUUGGACGUCACUCAUUCAUGUAAAGUUGACAAACACUUAACAGAAUAUCACACUUGGAUUCGGACAUGACACAAAUGCAGAUUCACUGAAAAUGAUCAGUGUACGGUCCAGAGAGAUAAACCAACCACAAGAACAGCAGGGCACAGGCAACAUUACCUCUUCGGCCGCCAAAGAGAAAACAUCCAAAUAGAGCUGUACCUGACCUGUUUUCGACCCUGAUGACGUAGCCCAGUCAAUGAAUCAUGAGCAAGUCUGAGAUCCCCAGAAGACUAGAUACACUAGUAAAACGGAAAGCCGCACGUGAUUACUCUCAGGCAGCCUACAAACUCCAUAAAGCUAGCAUGGAAGGGGAUCUGGCAGCUGUGAAUCGGAUCCUGGCAGCAGGUCUGGUUGACAUCAACAGUAGCAACAUCGGCGGGAGGACGCCGUUGAUGGAGGCAGCACGAUGGGGACGUAGUGAAAUAGUACAGUUUCUUGUGAGGAAAGGAGCUGAUGUUUCGCUUGUGGACGAUGACGGCAACAACACCCUUCACUGGGCUUGUGAUGGAGGAUAUAUGGAGACGGUGAAGUUUGUCCUCUCACAGAACAUCGCGGAAAUCAACGCUAGGAACGUGGAUGGGGAGACAGCGGCCGACAUGGCGAGAUUCUGGGGAUAUCAGGAAGUAGUGGAUCUACUGGUGUCGAGUGUCGAUCAGUGAAGUGAUUGUAGUGUUUGUGUUGACAUUGAAGAAGGACAUGUUGUUACAGACAUUGACGUUGCGUGUGCCGUUCACGUCCUCGAGUUUUCCAUUGC